GCGCCGCCCGCAGGCCGCAGGCGCGGCUGAUGCCGGGCGUCGCCCGCCCCUUUUCGUUCGGUUCCCCCAAAGAAGGCGGGCGACCAGCGUGCCGCUGCGCCGCGCCUCCUCGCGUGUCCUUUACCCAAAUAGGGCCUCCCGGUUCCCGGGCGCCCGCGCCCUCGCGUGGGCUGGGCGCGCCAGCUCCACUCCCGGCCCCGCCGCGGCGCCCAGACUCAGUGUAGCAUCCGUGUCCUCGGCCCCCUGUGUUGUCGCCCCGCCGCGGGAGCGGUGCCCGCCGGUCCGCUGUUCCUCCGCUGCCAUCGCUGCCGGCACCAUGGGCAGUGAGCAGAGCUCCGAGGCCGAGAGCCGACCCAACGAUCUGAACUCCUCAGAUUUCUCAUAGGAAUGGGAGGAUUAUUGUGCCUGGACUGUACAGUGAGCACACCAUAAACAGCUGUUGCUUAGUGACUCCUUCUCCAGCUAAGCAUAGAGCCAAGAUGGAUGAUAUUGUGGUUGUAGCUCCGGGCUCCCAGGCCUCCCGGAAUGUCAGCAACGAUCCCGACGUCAUCAAGCUGCAAGAGAUUCCAACCUUCCAGCCGCUUUUGAAAGGACUGUUGAGUGGCCAGACUUCCCCAACAAAUGCCAAAUUGGAGAAACUGGAUUCCCAGCAGGUGUUGCAACUCUGCCUCCGGUAUCAGGAUCACCUCCAUCAGUGUGCAGAGGCUGUCGCUUUUGAUCAGAAUGCUUUGGUUAAACGAAUCAAAGAGAUGGAUGUGUCCGUAGAAACUCUCUUUAGCUUCAUGCAAGAGCGCCAGAAGAGGUACGCCAAAUACGCAGAGCAGAUCCAGAAAGUCAAUGAAAUGUCUGCCAUCCUGCGCCGCAUCCAGAUGGGCAUCGACCAGACUGUGCCCCUGAUGGAGCGGCUCAACAGCCUGCUGCCCGAAGGCGAGAGGCUGGAGCCCUUCAGCAUGAAACCGGAGCGCGAGCUCAGGCCGUAGCGCCGCCGUGCCAUGGGGACAGAGCCCGGCUCCACCCAAACGCCGAGGACACUGGGCACCGAAGCCACAGGCUCAGUGACCAGGGCUGGCAGCUGGCUGGGGGUCUGGUGCGCCCUGAAGGCGACCCGACGCGGUGCAGCUGGCCUGAACUGAGGCUGUGCCCCUCUCCUCCAUGCCUUUCCUAUGCAAAGAACCAAACUAAUUCUCAGAGACAACCGAGGAGGGAGCUCUCAAUUUAUUAGGAAUUCAUGACAGAAGUUCUGCAUUGGAAUUAUUUUUAUCUUGUUUAGAUUUUUUUUUAAAUUGAGAAUAUGUAUUGUCUAGGCUAGCUUGGGAGUGAAAAUAGGGAAAGAAGGGGAGAAACAUUUUAAGAAGCUCUGUGUCCUUCAUGAAAUUUAAUGCACUAGGCUCUUCAGGUUAUGAGUUGUGAACAUAAAGGACUGAUUUAACCAGG